AUGGUCGCCGAAGCUAUCCCGGAGAACCUGGACAUGAAAAUCGCGAUUAUGACAGAGCUGGAUAAACACGCCCCGCCGGACUACAUAAUCGCCAGCAACUCGUCAUCGCUGCGGAGCCGUCAGAUGAUCGUCAAUACCAAGAAUAAUUACCGCAUCUGCAAUGCUCACUACUACAUGCCGCCGGACCAGCUGUACUACGAGGUCAUGUCGUAUGGCUACACGGAUCCUGAGAUCUUUCCGUUUUUGAUGGAGAAGGCUGCCCAGGCUGGGCUCAAGCCUGUGCAUGCUAAGGUUGAGUCUACUGGACUGGUGUUUAAUCGUAUUUGGGCGUCGCUUAAGCGGGAGAUUUGCCUUGUCCUGGCUGACGGCGUCAGUGAUGCUCAUACCGUUGAUGACAUGUUCAAGAGUUGGUUCAACGCUACCAAGGGUCCUUGCGAGAUGAUGGAUACCGUUGGCUUGGAUACCGUGUACAAUGUUGAGGCUGUAUAUAGUCAACAGCGUGGUCUGGAUAGCACUGCCACGGAUUGGCUGAAGAAGAACUAUGUUGAUAAGGGAAAUUUGGGUGCCAAAGCUGGAACGGGUUUACUUGGAUAA